CGCGACCCCGUGGUGAGUGGACAGUGUGCACCGACUCCUCCCGCCUUCUCCUCCUCCUCCCGGGCCGCCUUCGCUCCUCGACCCUCCUGGACGCCCCCGCAGGACAACUUCAGGAGAGAGACGCCCUUGCGGUGAGAUAUGUGGAGUAUGGAUCUGAAGGGAGCGCAGGAGGCUUUCCUGGCGGUGCUGCAGCAGAUCCCUCAGCCAGAGACCCGCAAGGCUUUCCUAGCAUGGGUAGAUGACACCUGGAUCAGAGGAGUGCCACCAACACUGAUGGUAUGCCCACCACCAUGUCCACCUCCACCUUUAGUACCUGGCUGCACCUCAGACUACAGCAGUGGGGACGCCAAGCUGAGAAAGAUUGCCGAUGACCUGCGAGAAAUUAUGCCACUCAAUGCUAUUCUUCCGACUGAGCAAAUAACUUUUCCAUCUGUAGGGGAGAAUGCAGACUGUGACCCAUCUCAUACACUUCAUGUUGAUGCAUUCCUGUAUGAUGAAGAUAUGGUGGAUGAGCUGUGUGACACAGGAGAACUCGCUCGCAACUACUGCGUUGAUUGCUCCUCUCAUAACACACAACCAAUCACUUACAUCAGCCACUCAGCUUCACGAGAGAGACUAGCCUACAUUUUCCGAGCAUUGCUCCCACCUAUACCCGAGGACACCAUUUUACUGGACAUAGGCUCAAGAUUAGGGGCAGUUUUGUAUGGGGCAUAUAUUUAUAGCAAAUGCAGAAGAAUAGUGGGUGUAGAAAUUAAUCAAGAUUUAUGUCAAGUUCAGCAAACAAUUAUCAACAAAUAUCAGUUCCAGGACCGUGUACAAGUUGUAGGAGGUGACAUACAAGAGCAAGCAGAAAUUGUGCGUGCUGCAGACAUUAUAGUUCUCAAUAAUGUUUUUGAGUUCUUCAUGCCACCUGCUGUUCAAGCUCGCAUCUGGGCUUUCUUAAGGAGUAAUAUCAAGAAAGGAUGUUUGCUGGUCACCAUUCCCUCCCUAGAAGACUCUCUGCAGUAUAUAGAUUGUGGCUUCCGUGUUCAAGAAUGGGCCCGAGAGCUUCCACCACACGACCCCAAUAUCACAGCACCAUUUGACUUCCAGAGUGAGACUUCCGAGGUGAAGCUAUAUCAAAUCAUUUAAGUUAUAGAAGUGUCCAAAAGUGUCUUGACCUGAAACUAUGUCUUUGAGAAAUGUAAAGAAUAUAUUUUAAGUAUAUUGGUGAAGUAUGUUUCAUGCUACAAGAGUGAAAGACUUAUCAGUCAUAAUUUUAGUGUUUUUUUUUUUUUUCCUCUCUUUCUUUUCUUUUCUUUUCUUUUUUUUUUUCUUUGUUUUUUUCCAAUAUCAGAAAAAGCUCCUUUCAAUAGGAAUGUACGUUGGAAGUCAUUUUAACAAGGGCGCAAUCACCAAGUAUUUCCCAGAACAGAUUUGCAUUUGAUUGCUAUGAACAGAAACCAGUCUGGACAGUAUAUGGGAAAAAUAUAUUUAGAUACAAAUAUUCUGACUGUAUCCCUUUUGCCAAAGACUUGAGCAUUUUGGAUGUUCAUUGUUUUGUGAUGUCAUCAAAGUGUAGAAGACUUCUUUUGCUUGUGUACUGUUUUAAGUACAUAACUUAUGUAUAUAGUAUGAAAAGAGUGCCAUGCCAUGUUUUUUAUGCCUUCUCAUUUUUGUUGUUAGGAAUGAGGUUUACAGUGUGUAAGACUGCAGUAUCCUUUUGUUUGAGACAAUAUUAUGUGAUUGUCAUUCCUGUCAGAUUGCCUCUUAAAAGAGAAAAUAUGGUCUAGAAUCAUAUGUCAAUAAGAUUAAGUUGUUAUUUAUUUUUAUACCGUAAGGCAUAUAGAGAUCAGGCACAUGUUAUUUUUUCUGCUGUUUGUGCUUUGAUAUCUGAUGCGACUGGCUGAGUUGAUUAGAUCAGUAAUAUAAAUAUCAUCGGAUGUAAGGAUUUCGUAUCUGGCUUCCAUAACUGUAUGUGCCUUGAGACCUUGUUGAGUGAACACAGAUUGUUGACCCAAAGUUGCACGCUGUACAGAGUUUGUGCUAACCAUGAAAGACAUAUUCCACCUCCACAAUAAUUCUUUCUAUUUUAAUGUAUUUGCUAGAUCCAGAAAGGGACUCCUAAAAAACAAAAUGGCUGGGAAGGAAAAUGAGAUGAUACCUGCUGUCUUUAUCGUACCGUACACCUCACACUUUUGCAUCAGAGAAACGUACUCCAACCCACAUUGGAUAGGAAUGUCCUCGCAAACAAUUUACAGGAGAACUGAUCGUCACAUUUGUCUCACUUGGAAACACUGGCUUCCUAUAGCCUGAGUGUGAUGUUCUUCCUGAUAGUGUAACAGUUUUUCCCCCUAUCUUUCUAGUUCCGUUGGUGACACAUGCGGAAAUUUAUCAUAAGAAAUAUGAAGUUAUAGUCUUAGUCCCACACCUGUUUAGUUAGUAGCAUUUUUUCUUAUCCUUUCAGUAUUCCAUUUCUCCUUUUUUUUUUUUUUUUUUUUUUUUUUUUUUUUCCUUUUUUUUUCCUUUACAUCUUCUAUCCCUCCUCCUCCUCCUCCUUCUUCUUCCCCCCUCUGCCUCCUCCCCCCCUCUGCCCCCUCCCCCCUCUGCCCCCCCCCCUCUGCCUCCUCCUCCUCCUCCCACCUAUCCCUUCUUAAGCUCUUGCUUAGGCAUUUUUCUGUUGUUGUUGUGAUAAUAUGUCAUUUAUUAUCUAAUUGUUGAUGUGAAAUGCAGGGAAGAAAGGACAUAGAAAAUGCUAAACAUCAUUCAAUAAAUGUUUAUAAUGAUUUAUAAAUGUAAUUUAAAAUAGCAGUCUUGGUAAAAUUCUAGUAUUAUUUAAUAUGAAUUCUACAGUGAAAGAUUUAUAUGAGCUAGAAAGUGGCAUUAAAUGAUAAUGUGCCUUGAUUUUCUUCUUUUUCUUUUUUUAAAGGGCAUUCAGUAAAUACUGACAUUUUUUGUGCUUUGUCAGUAGAUCCACAUUACUGACAUUGAUAACAGUGUUAUUUAUCACUGUUUGAAAUUGAUUAUGAUUUUGUAGAUGGCCACGGUGCUACUUGCAGACACAGUUUUCAGAGAACAAAUCUACUUUUACAUAAACCUUUUGUACAAAGCCAACAGAAAUUCCAUAAGUGCCCUCCAGUGCCAGGUCAGUAUAUCCAACCCUCCAAAAUAUAUUGGCCAGGGGAAUAUGUACACUUUUUUUGCAAGAGGUAGUUCUCUCUGGUAAAUUUCCCUGUGAAUGAUAGAAGCCAACACUAUAAGAAUAGUGAUCCAUUUAGGAUAGUUUUACAAUGUGGAUUUUCAGUCCAUUGUAUCAGCAAGGGAUUUGUUUGGCUAGCACCUCCUUAUAAGUGAUAUUUAACAGCUGAGACGAUAUGCAUUAUAUUGAACUUUCCUCAGUGAAAUAUGACAGAAUUGUAAAACAUAUAUUUUACGAUUUGGCCUCUUGAGUCCUUUACAAUCUCAUAAGUGCUAAAGAAACAAUACAAGCUACUAAAACUCCUUUUUUUUUUGUAAGUAUUGCUUAUAUUGACAGUGAUUCACUCUUUAUUUCAUACCAUUGCAUUGUACGGAACUUUCAGUGAUAUUUCAUUUCAUGUUACAUAUAUGUAUGUUGUGUGUCUCUAUGUAUGUGUGGACAAGGUAAAGAGAUCUUUCAAAGGAACAUCUCAUGGACUCUUAAUUUCCAUGAUCAAGGAUGAAAAUCAAGUACUUAUUGGCAUAUAUUUUUACUACAUUUGUAUCAAGUAAUCAUUGAAAAUCCUCUGAACCUGUAUGUAAAGUGUAACUUUUCUAAGUAACUGAAUUCAGAAUUUGUUUUUACAAAAGAUGAAAAUAAAACUGCUUUCAAA